CGCGGCUCUCUUCGGCGCUCUCUUCCUGCGCAGCAGCAGCGCAGCAGCAGUUAACGGUGCAUGUGAAAAAGUCUCCUCACAAACGUCGUGAAAAUCGAAAUCGAUAAUUGCUAGAGGUAAUGUAAUACCAUUAAAUCGGCGCUUGAACAAAAAAAAAAAAAAAAACAAAUCGUAGAGCGACCCGAUUGCCGUAAACAAAGCCCCAAGAUGCAGCCGCCGCCGCGUAAGGGAAACUAUGUGAAAUUCCUCAAGAAUUUGCACACGGAGCAGGUGGCUAAGCUGCAGUUAAAGAACCAGCAUGAAUGCGACCUGUUGGAGGACAUCCGGCAGUUUACCAUCAAACGCUCGGCAGUCGAAAAGUCGUACAGCGAGUCCCUGCUCAAGAUCUCAUCGCAGUAUCUCAACAAGAAGAUACCCAAUAUACCAGAUAUUAAGAUGGAAGGCAUGGAGGAGCGCUGGAACAUGUGGAGUGUUUGGCGCACAGUGCUCGAGGAGAACGAAAAGCUGGCCCGGGCUCGUUUGGCCGCUAUAGAGGUGUUCCAACAGCAGAUCGCCGACGAGGCCAAGGUCCUUCGAGACUACAAGUUGGCCAUUGCGAAGCGCUCGCUAUCCGGAAUAGUAAAUGUGCAGAAGGAACUCCACUUGAGCGUUGGGGAUGUGGACAAAACCAAGAAAUCUUACUUUGAUGAAGAGCACUGUGCUCACGAUGUGCGGGAUAAAGCCCGCGAUAUCGAGGAAAAGCUAAAGAAAAAGAAGGGCUCCUUCUUUCAAUCAAUCACUUCGCUGCAGAAGAACAGCGCUCGGGUCACAUCUCGCAAGGAGUUGCUCGAAGAGAAGUCCUCUGGAGCCCGGAAUGACUACGUACUCAGCUUGGCCGCGGCCAACGCCCAUCAGAAUCGCUACUUCACCGUCGAUCUGCAGACCACCAUGACCACCAUGGAGAACUAUGUGUUUGAGAGGGUGGCCGAGUACCUGAUGCUAAUGGGGCGCACAGAGCUACUGACUUGCUCGGCUACGCAGAAUAGUUUCGGGAAAAUCCGCGACCAGGCGCAGCAGUUGACCCGGGAGUACAACCUGCAGUGCUGCUACCUGUUUUAUCCGGUGCUCAAGCAGCACAUUCAGUACGACUUCGAGGCGUGCGACAACGAUCCGGUGCGUAAGGUGACCGCGGAGCACGAAUCCGCUGCCGAGACGCUGACCAAGGAGGCCAAGAAUCUGGCCGGAAGGGUGGUAAAGGAGAACGCUUCGAUUAGGGAGAACGCCAAGAAGUUGGCCCUGUGCCAAUCGCUACGAGAUUCUGGCCAGCGUACCGAUCCCAACGAUCCAAAUGGACCCGAUCUGGACACCAAGAUCGAGGAGUUCCGUGAUCAAAUCCGGCGAUCGGAGACGGAGAAAACCAAGGCGGAGGCUUGUUUGCAGUGCCUGCGAGAUGGUGGCAUCAACGUGGACGAGUGGGUGCAGGAGGCCGAGAUUAUGGGCGUACAAGAGCUAACGCGUUCGGCCAGCUCCAUUUCGAUGCGCACCGAUGCCUCUGGCCAGGGCGAGAAUCCCAGUUCGGAUUCCUUCUACGACAGCGACAAGGAGGAGACGCAGACCCAGGCAACUGCCCAGACAAAGCCCAAGCAGGAGCAGCAACUCUCCAGGGAUCGCACCUUCAGCGACAGUGAUGACGAGCCCGAGGUGCGUCCUUCGGCGGCUGCAGCAUCUUCUGCCGCGGCUGCAUCCUCAUCCGCCAUGGCCAGUAGCGCCGGAGCCUGGGAUGAUCCCACUGAGGUCAACUGGGGAGCUGGAGAGGAGGAGGAGGACAAGGAUGAGCCGAUUGUCCCGGAACCCAAGGAGGCUAUAUUUAAGUGCACUGCGCUCUACAGUUAUACGGCCCAGAAUCCCGACGAGCUCAGUAUCGUCGAGAACGAGCAACUCGAGGUGGUUGGCGAGGGCGACGGCGAUGGGUGGCUGAGGGCCCGAAACUAUCGCGGCGAGGAGGGCUACGUGCCACACAACUAUCUGGACAUCGAUCAGGAGACAGCGGGCAGCGCCUUUAAUGGUACUUCCGGCAAUCAAUUGCGCUCACAAAUCUCAUUCUCAUCUGUCGAUUAUACCGUUGACAAUGAAGAUCAGACGGUGGACUCGAUGCAAUCGCCCGACCAGGUGUCGGUCAUCAUGGCCCCCCAGAAGCGGGUCAAGUCGGACGUGGAGUGGUGCAUUGCGCUGUACGACUACGACGCCACCGCCGAGGAUGAGCUGACCUUCGAGGAGGGCGACAAGAUCAAGAUCAUCACCAAGACGGCCCACGGCGUCGACGAUGGGUGGUGGGAGGGCGAGCUGGACGGCAAGUUCGGCAACUUCCCAUCGCUGGUCGUCGAGGAGUGUGACGAGUUGGGCGAGCCGCUCAGCGAGGGCGGCGACGAGUCGCCCCCGCCCACUGCGGCGCCCAGCUUUGCACUGCCCCCCGCUCCGGCCCUGCCCCCAGAGUACGCCCACGAGCUGGAGCUGGAGCUCACUGAGGACAUGUUCGGCUCCCAGGACACGGCAGAUGAGGAUAGCGGCUAUAUACCCAACGGUGCUGCUGCUCCGAGUAUGCCUCCGCCAGUACUCAUCCAAGAGCCUGGCAUGGAGGACGAUCUCAGUGACGAUGGGCAGCCGCCGCCGUCGCUGCCGCCGCCCCAGCUAAUGAAGGCGGGCGGAUCCGGCCCAGGAUCGGGGAAUAAGGGUGACAAGGGGGCGGCGGCUGGCGGCGCCAACACGCUGAACUUAGGUAUGGCACAAAUAAUUGUUACCGCUGCAACCCCCAUGGUUGAAGACGGUGCCGAUAAAUCUUUCCCACCAGUAGGCGAGAGCGAUGAGCAGCCGGAACAGGAAGUGGCCAAGGAGCAGCCGGCGGAAGUGGCCAAAAAGCCAGACAUUGCGCCCAAGCCGCAGACCAAGGUCGCGCCUCAGACCUCGGCGGCCAAAGAAGGUAAUCCUGGAGUGAGGCCCGUGGUGAGCAUAACACUGACCGAGUAUCCAUCCUGUGAUGCAGAGGACCAACAGUCCUUCUCGGAGGGCACCGACUCGGCCUCGGUGGCCGAUGUGCCGGCCCUGCAGGAUGCGGAGGAUCCGUUCAACGAGAAGGCCAAGGGCGAGUCCGGCGGCGGAUCGGGAUUUGAGGCCAACUUUGAGGCCAACUUCGAUGCCAACUUUGAUGAUGCCUUCGCGGGAAGCGCAGGAUCGGGAUCCGGCGGCGGAGGGGGCGGUGGCGGUGGGGGACAGUCCAGCGAACUGGACAUCAAUGGCGAGGAGGCGGCAGCAGGAGAAUCAGGAUCAGGAUCUACGGCCGGCGAGGAGGAUAUUGAGGCACCCAAGCAGGUGGUCGGUGGCCGAGCUAGCAUACCCGAGGAAUUGGACUCAAAUCAAUUGGCACGUUUGCAAAAUCUGAAGGAGUCGAACGCUUAGAUUCGGCGCUCCGGUCUCUUCCUCUUGGUCGGCACUUCAAUGUUAUUUCUUUUGUUCUUUUAGGCACACGACCAUGAGCAUGAUAUAUACUAUAUAGACUAUAGCCACGGACAGUUAUAGAUCGGAUCAGCGGAACACCACAGCCACAACCACAACCACAACCACAACCACAACUACAACCAAACACCCCACAACACUUGACAGCAUUUUGAUCUCACACCCAUCCCACAACCUCUCCAACAAAUCCAAACACACAGAUGAUACAGCCUGACACAGACGGACAAGCAACUUAUCGAUCGGGUGGCGGCAAUAGAUUGUAGUAAGCUCUGUUAAUUGGAUAUUGCCCCUAUAAGUACAUAAAUAUGAUAGUUUAUUUUGGCUGCCCGAUUUUAAUACAACGACACAAUAGCAGAAUAUAGAAUAUUUGUACUUAUAUCAGAACGGGAUCCCUAUACACUCCACUUUUCACGUACAGCGCUCAAAUUGUGUACAUCCAUUUGAAUACUUCUUCUGACUGCCUCUGGGGUUAUAGUUAGACAUCAACUGGGCCUUCAUAAACAAAACCACCAUACGAUAUAUUACUAUAUAAAUAUAUACAUAAUUUGUUAGUUUGUAAUGUGUUAUACCCUCUGAACACGUAUGGAAUACAUUGAUAUAUUAUAAAUGGAAUAUUGUAACGUUUUGAAAGACAAUUACUUAUGUAGCACUCAGACACGGGUCUUCGAAUAUCAGCAUACACAACUAAUCGAGCAAUAAUAUGUAUAUAUAUCUAAGUGAACUAGAGAAUCCGUUUUAGCAGCGUUAAGUUAGCCGUUCGCUUGAUCUUGCCGCCAACAAAAGCCAAUCAACUUUAAUGUCAAUUCAGUUGGUAUUGUUUUAUCGCUUCUGUUCACUCCACUUAGUCUUAGGAUCUCUGCACAUUAUAGUAAAUUUAUCGAAGCCGCCAAUGAAUGUAUUCGAAUCGUAUGAGCGGAUCCGGCAGAUAUAUUGUAUUGUUGUAAUUGUAUGCAAAACACUAGUCUAAUUAGUUAAAUGUUUUCCGUGUCUAGUUAAAAAAUGGUCUAAGUUAAUGUUGGAUGCCAGAACGAAGAUAUUUGAAUUUAGUAAAACGCCUACUCAAUGCGAGACUUUGUUUGCGAUACUCGAAUAUUAAAGUUCAUAACUCACCAAUUGGAAAACUUCAUAUUCACAUAAUCGAUAUUACCGAACAUAGAUUAAAAUGGAAAAUCAAAUAUAAUUAAGCCGCAAACUGAAUUGUAUGUAAUUUUUGACCCCGCCCAGUGAAUUAAUCAAAGGUUUAUGUCAUAGUUUGAAAAUCCUUCUGUUCGAACAACUAAAAAAUAAAAUUUCCACUUUAAAGCAAAAGAA